AUGGCUCCUCUCCAGCCCCGGAUAGCCUAUCAUCCCCGGCCCGGUCGACGGUCGCGCCAUCAAGCAGCAUACACCGUGGUCAUUGCUUUAGCACUUCUUCUAAACACUAUUCUCCGUGCAUUGGAUUCAGAAAAUGCCAUUCUCACCGAGGAGUCGACCUUCUUUUGCGAGCGAAUUAUCAACGAGGCUGAGUUGGCUUCCUGCUAUCGCCCGAUUGGUGCUGCUUAUGUUGUGCCGUGA